AUGUGUGUUAGUUUGUUAUUGCUUAUAUUCAAUAUUUUAAGAGAUGUUAAUGAUCCUAUAAAAGAUGGUAGUUCCUCAAACUCAUUAUGUUGGAUAUGUAACAGGGAUAAAUACUUGAGGGCUAUUAGUGAUUUUGGUAGUGUUUUUAUCAUAUUCCUUGAUACAUCUAACUCUCUUAAAUUACUACACCAUCCAAUAUCUUUAGGUAUUUCAGUCAAUCUAUUCUUUGAUAGAACUAAAACUUUUAAGUUAUAA